AUGUGGAGCAACGUAGAGGCGUUCAUGGCUAUCACAAGCAAAGAAAAGAUUGCAUUGAAGAAAGUGUGGACUACAUUCUACCGCCAGACGUCAAUCGGGUACCGGCCGGGAUACGCAAUAAUGACAAAUUGUAUCCGUAUUUCAAGUGCAAUUGACGGCACCAUAAUCCCAGCAUGGGUUCCACAUGGUCAUCAGGGGGCUUACAGAUGCAGAAAAGGAUACUUAGCCCAAAACGUUAUGGUUGCUUGUGAUUUCAACAUGAAGUUCACUUUCGUGUUGGCUGGAUGGGAAGGCAGCGCUAAUGAUGCCAGAAUUUUCAAACCGACAUUGUCGAAUCCGAGAUAUCAAUUCUCUUUUCCACCACUGGGUAAAUAUUAUGUCCUCGAUUCUGGGUAUUCAAACCAUCCCCUUUUUUUGGCGCCAUACCGCGGCGAGAGAUAUCAUUUGCCAGAGUGGACCUUUGGUAUGCUUAAGAACAGGUUUCCUAUUUUGAAGAAUUUAAUGUCGAGAUACUCUCUUAAGUCGCAGACGGACAUGGUUGUGGCUUGUUGUGUUUUACACAAUUUUAUCCUCACGCAUCAAGAAAAGAAUGCGACACCCGCACAGUUCUUUGAACCGGAUUAUGUUCCUCAACGUGAUGCGAAUGACAUGUCGUUCUCGUUUAUGGACAGAGUCGAUCCUGCGACGGCGGGCGAAGAGGAGCAAUGUACGCUACGUGAAAGAAUUGCGACAGCUCUAUGGGAGGAUCAUGUGAACGGCAAUCGUUAG